AUGACGCUGCGUUUAUUCAAAUCGAAGUCGUUUUUCAUGUCGUCGACAGAACACAUAAUUAAGCCGGGCAUCAGAAGGCGUCCGACUGCUGUUGCCCGGGUUUCCUUCGUCGUCGUGGGUGAUAAAACGUCGGCCGAAAAACACGCCACUAACACACGAGUCCCCAAGAAGAGAGGCGUCUUCCGCGAGCGCGAAACGAAAGACUACAAAGGGCCGCUAUUGCAUGCACUGGAUGUUGGCUGUGGGAAUGGCUAUAGCAGCAAGAUAUGGUCGAAUCAUUUCAAGAACGUGACUGGAAUUGAUGUAAAUCCUGCCAAAGUCAGCGAUGCUCGACGCCACGAUCCUCCACCAAAUAUCCGCUUUGCAGUGGCUCCAGCUGAGUGCAUUCCAGUACAAGAAGAAGAAGUCACCAUCAUUGUUUCAAAAGCAAGUCACUGGUUUGACCUGACGGAUUUCUUCUCAGAAGCAGAGCGAGUCUUGAUGCCACACGGUGUUGUGGCUCUUUACAAUGCAUGUCUCACACCCAUGGAUUUCCCAGAUCUCCCACCGGAGGAGAACAGAAAACUGAAAGAGGUUGUCAACUGGGCUGACAACGAGUUGGUCAAACAUUGGCCAACAGCAAGAGCAACAGUAAUUGAGGAGUUUGCAAACGUUAACAUCCCGUUCAGCAGUGAAGCAGUGCUUGUUAGAGACGGCUCCAUUUACCAAGAAGUAACCCUCAGCUCGAAGGAUUUACUCCAAUACAUUCUCUCCUGGGUAGCAUUCUAUCGCUUGAAGGCUGUUGAGGGGAAGGAAGCAGCAAAUAAAUUCACGGAAGAAAUCACAAAAAGGCACAGUACUUCACAACAUCAAGGCCCAUCUCAAAUUCAUUGA